AAACUGAAGUUAGUUGCGGAGGAAUCAUCAAAUGUAUAUGUGUCAAACAUUCGUAUCAUGUGUUAAGAUUUGCGUUCGGCCAAAGAUUAUUUAAGCAAAACUUUAAUUAAAACUUUCGAAAUGAACAACAAGACGAAAAGCGACGAGAAGAACGGAUCUUCGCAAAUUGGAUCGGUGCUGAGCAGAGCGUUCCAGUCGAAUGCGGAAUGGCCAGACAAAGAGGAAUUCCUGGACGUCAUAUACUGGUCUAGGCAGAUCAUCGGGAUCAUCGUUGGUAUUGUUUGGGGACUGGUACCGAUCAAGGGUUUCAUGGGAUUAGUUCUAUUCAUGCUUGUGAAUGCAGCCAUCAUUUAUAUUUAUUACAGCAAUUUCCAAAAUAUCGAUGAGGAGGAUUAUGGUGGUGCUUGGGAACUUACGAAAGAAGGAUUUAUGACCUCAUUUGCUGGUUUUCUGGUGACAUGGAUAAUAAUAUACUCGGGUUUGCAUUACGAUUAAACUGAUGUAAUGCAAUAGGUGUUGUUGUGUAUAAAUUAAAUUAAUUACGUGCGUAUUUCGUAUUAAAUUACGAAGAAUAAAAACCAAUUCAUAAGACUUUUAUGUUAUUCAUACGAUAUUGAUCAAAUCACUUAUGUAUAAAGCGUCAAACAAAAUAAAGUCUAAGAGAAACAAA